GGUGAGCGUCAAUGGAUCCAUCGAACGUCUCCGCCUCGGGAGGCGUUUGAAUUCCUUGAUCGCGCCACUAACAGACUAGCGGGAUUUCUUUUGUAAUUCCUCCUUUGCUAGGGUUUAGAUAGUCGGACAUAGUCAUGCUGAGUCCCGCGCUUUGUCCGUCAAUUGUUAUCGCACUGCUCGCCAUUCCGUCUCGCUGGAUUGCAGAUCGUGGAGAGUGGAGAUUAUGGGGAUGUUUUUAUGGUUGGCGGUCGAGUUAAGGUUUUACGAGGGUAGAAAUGUAGCGUGGUGGAAUCGAUGUCUAUAUUUGCUGGUGCCGGGCACAGAAGGUAUUUUUUCGGGUGUUUGAGGUGCUGCCGUCAAUGGUAACGGUACGGUAAUGGAAGGAGGUAUGCCGUCGAUGGCGAAAAAUGUAGGGGUAGGUGGUAUUCAUGUGGAGCAGGUUGGAGGAUAUGAAGCAUUGGACAAUGUGGAUGGCAGGAACGAUAGGAACGAGUUAAAUGAACGUCAGUUGGCGGAGAAGCUUGGGAAGAGCGAGGCUGGAAGGAAGAAGCUGCGGCAGGCGAUUGUAUUGCUCAAGGAAAAAUUGGAAGCUACCUCCGCGACUUUGGGAGUCAAUGACGUUCUCCGCCAGGAGGUGGAGAGAGAGCGGUUGAAUGUAGACGCGGAACGGAAGAGGGCAGGAGCGGAGAAAUUGUUGCGAGAGAAAGUUGAGAAGGAGAAUUUGACAAUCAAAGAGCAGUUUUUGGACGUUUUACACAGGUUGGAUUUUCUGGAGAGUAGUUAUAAGGUAGACCGGAAUGAAUUUAGUCGGAUCCAUUCUGAGGUAAAGGAGGUAGUAGGUGGCAUUGGUGCUGCUUUACAAGCUGUUGAAGCAACUAAGAGUCUAUAUCAGUCAUUGGAGCGGAGUAUUCACGCCAAGAUUAAUGGAGUCGUUCAAUCCUCAUCGAGAGCUUUGGCAAUUGCUCAGAGUGGGCGAGCGACCGCGUCUAGAGCACAAGCUACGGCUGAGGCAGCUCAAUCUUUGUCCAAAGCUGUGCAGAUGGAGGUGCGGUUGGUAUCGUCUCAAGUUUCCACGUUACAAAAGCAGACCUCAAAUCUUGUGGCAGUAGAGGCUUCAUUGCAACAAGAAUCGCAACUUAAAGGUCCAGGGACUCCUCUGAAUAGUCCGGACUCUGGGGAAACCAAUAUUUGUCUAUCUGUUCUGAAACAGAAGGUUUCAGCUGACGUUUUUUCUCCGAGUAGCUCAGGUUUUCCUGCUCAAGUGACUGUAGCUUCAAAGAAUCAAACUCAGGAACGGAAAAGCUCACAGGAAAAAGUUGAUCCUACCAAAGUAGAUAUACUUAACAUGCUGGUUGCUUCUAAAGAGAAGUCUCGGAAUAAUCAGUUGUCUUCUAACGCUACAUUACCUCGAGGGGGAAUGAUUCUGAGUAGGAGCCAGCUUCCUGAUGGAGGGUCGAAGUCGCAGACUGUAAUCCCACAGGUUCUUUCAGGGGUUAGCAAUCCCAGAAAAGGUCAAUCAGAAUCGGUGAACAGGGAGGAAUUCACUCCAAUCGUUCCCUUCAAGAAAUGCUCAGUGUCAAUAAUUACAGGAGUUGAUUCUGUUUUGAGUCCUGCCGUACGUGUUCCCGCUCCGUUGGACUCUGCUACAAAAUCCGCUCAAUCGUUAUACAUUACUCCGUUAAAUGCAAGCGCUAAUCCCGUGGAGAAAGUAAACGAAUUACAGUCUCAAUUGGUUUCAAGCGUUUCUAAAGGAUGUUCUAACAAGCGUCCUGCUGUGAAGAGAGGCGGAAGGGAUCUCAAUGAUACAAGACCUGUUAAGGCGAUGAAUCUGAGCGAGGGUAACCUUUUGAGAGGUGCGCUACGGAGUAAAAGUGCCGCUGAUGUGAUUAGAAAGAAAACUACCACUGCAUCCAAUCCUGCUGUAUGCAAUGAAAUUAAGGGUGAUGGUAUAUCCUCUGAAGGCGUGUCCCAGUCAAACGAUAAGCCUUAUCCCAACACAGCAACUAAACUGCUGAAGUCUAUAAUGAAGACAUUAGAGAAGGAGAGUAAGAGUCGUAGAAUCGUCGAGGACAAGCUUAUGGCUUUGCGGGAGACAUUGGAGAGUGGUGGUAGGUCUGAACCGAUGGCGCAAAUAGGUUCGAAGCGGAAACGAGAAUCGAAGAAAGAUAACCGUGAUGGAACUUCAGAAGAUAAGGAGAAGAAACGGAAUCGUCAGAGGGAAGAAUCUAGGAAAAAAAUAAUCAAUUCAAGCCGUAAUGACAUUGUGACAUCACCGGUUGAGCGACGCUGUACCAUUGAGGACAAGUGUAUUCUGCAGGAAGAGACACAGCAACGUGAUAACCUGAUAACCGGAGAUCGUCAACCUAUUGAGGACAGGCUUUCGGAGAUGAUGUCCACUCUCCUAGACAGAUGCAGAAGGGAAGGAUUUUUCAAGACUCCUGGAGAUUGCCAGGGAAGGCGAGAUGUACCUGGUGCCGAGGAAUGCAAGGAUGUUUCUGGUGUAGAUAUUUGCUAUGAAGAUGUAUCUGGAGAAGGAACGGACACGAAUACAGACCUGGAGAGUACUGAUGAUGACUUGGGAGACGACUGGUGGACCGGAAUAGAGCUGUUAUCACCACUUUCGGGAAAUGAUAUUGCUUCUUAAUCAGCCUUAUUAUAAGAUUUGGGAACAACAUGCUGAUAUGUUCACAAGCCCGUAGUGGUGAAAGCAAUCAGAUCGUAAGUCCAGACUAGAUGUGCUCUGAGAGGAUCAUUCUACAGACGAAGCACACAGGGUUAUGGAUAUCAAGUUUCUAUCCUGCUGGAAACCUGGCAUUCAGUAGACACUACUGGACACAUACAAUGAAUCUCUCUUCGACUCUCUAUGGAUCUGGUUGUAAUCCUUUGGAAAGUUUUGUGUCUAUCACAUCACUAACUCUAGAGAGCGUCCCAUGAAAAUUUAUGCUUGUGCGACAUUCAAUCAUCAGGCCGUGCGGCACAUGAGACUUAAAGAUAUAUGACCGAGUUGACAUUGGGGUAGAGAAUUUCACACGUAGAACGAGAUUCUUUGCUGUGAAUCUUUUUCAAAAAAUGAAUGAAGAUUUGCAGUCCUUUCGACAGACCACAGGGCCGCUGGUUGAGAAUGAAAGAGCCAGAAAUAAUGUGAGCAUAGAUAAAAAUCAUACCAUCAGCUGUGCUUCAGUAAAAAGACUCAAUUGCAAUUUGCCUUCGGGUACGCAUAUUUACUUUAACAGGUACCAAGGAGACGGUGUCAAUCAGCUUGGUAGCUGGUUUCGUAAAGAGACACUAUCCAUUGCCCUGGAAGUCAGCAUCAACCGAUAGACUAUAUCAGAAAUCGGCGAUUGAGAUACUAGCUUUGCUGCACAUAGUAUCUGUUUGAAUUACAACGCGCGGUCUGUUUGUCUCAGCUAGAGCUGUCGUGUGAAGUGAUCGAGUGUCAGCUUCACGAUUCCAUAUGCGCCUAUCAAGAUUCAAGUCCAUUUAUUCACAUUCUGCCCUCUUGCAAUACAGAAUGACAUCCGAUUAGCGUUUCGACCUGUUUGCCCAGUCUCGGAUCCGAACUAUGCUAACACUGUGGAACAAAAUAUAGAGAUGCGAGUUGUAGCGACCAUCUGACAAGUUCUGCAGCACUUCUAAUUGAAGUUGUUCUGCUUGUGAUUGUGUCGCAGCAGCGGACAGCCUGCAUGUCCCCUGCUUAUUUUUGUUCCGCAAAUGGUGUGUGACCCAAUUGGAUUUCGAAUAGCCUAAUCUUGGGGCCAAAUAACCUUGAGACUCGAAAUUUUCAAAUGGAGAACACACAUUUCAAA